GACGAGCCAGCUGCGGAAUGUGGAUUUGAUCGAUGUAAGGGUGGUGAGUAUAAACGAAAAUUCCUUUGUUAUGAACUCCAGGGUUAUGCACAAGGCCACCACUUUGAAGUCACUGGUCAGGGUCUUCAUUGGAUCUCCAUUGGUCCAACAGAAGACCAAUGAGAAUAUGGUGGCAACUGGAGGAGGUUUAAGAAGCAACUCGAUUACAUAUUUCGGCAAUCCAAAUGAGACAGAGCCUCUGAUUGGGGACUCACUAGCUAAAGUUGGCAAAUUUUUGAAGGUAUCAUCUCAACAGUGGGAGGAGGUGCGAGUCACAAUUUGCCCACAGGUGACCUACCAUCGAGUAUGGACUGGCGCCCUUCAGGAGGUUUCGAACUCGUUGAAGUUGGAGAUGGACGGGUUGGGCUACGAUUGUUCAUCAGGAAAUAUGGGGAAUCAGAUCAUCUCCAGUUGUUUAACCAUCUAAGCCCACCAAUCGCAACAAUUCUUGGAUGUGGGAAGACGUCUUGGAGAUGGUGCAUGAUCUCGUUGGGUGUUUGAGACACGAAAGGGAGUCGCUUCAUCAAAUUUCCAAACUAGAGGUUAUGAAAGGAGGCUUGUCUCAUAUCAAGGAUGUGCUGAUCGAUAACGGGAUUGAUUAUCGGGAGGCUCGCCAUUAGGAAAACCUGGUGCAGAAGAAGCUCUCCAGUACAUUGGGUCAUUCCUCUCGUUGCCUGUUUGCACUUCUGAUGUAUUAUCUCUAUGGACAAGUGAGAGACAUUGAAGUUGAUCUUUGUGGGGGGUUGUAUGAGAAUGAUUAUAAGAGUUGGUUCCGUCAGAGGAUUUUGACUUCAGAUAAGGAGCAGAUGGUUCUCAGAAGAGUUAAGCAUUUGGAUAGAGUUCUUGAGUUGUUUAAAUCGAUGUGGGAAACUGCUGGGAUGAAAGGUGUUCUUGAGAUGGAAGGUCAUCUUUUUGCGGAUAGAAUGGUCACGUAUAGUGGGAACUUGUUCUUCGUACAAGGGAUUUGCUUUUUACGAUGAUCGUUAGCAUUAUAUGAUAAGAUUGCAUCUAAGUUGAUACAUAUGAUACUUCUGUCAACUUCUUGACAUCUAUGAAUCAAAAUUUAUCAUUCCCCACCAACGAAAAGUGACUUGAAAUAUUUUCUAUAAGGAAUGAGAAGGAGACCAUCAAAAGAAAAACGGAUGGAAAAUCCAAUCCAUUUCAGAAACUUUCGAUAUCCAUUGCAGAGACUGCAAAAUCAGUUACAACAAGAGUGAUUGUUGCAAAAUCAGUUACAACAAUCUGUGCUUCUUCUGAAUUCGCUCCAAGGUGGGUCCAAACCCUUCUUUCAGCUUUGAUUUUGAAGAGCUCUGUAAUGGUUUUGCAAUGGUUAGGGAAGGAGCACUUGAUACGCCUCUACUGUCACACUAGAAAAUGGCCAAGUGAAACCACCUACUAGAGCGUAGUAUAGCGGGUUUCGGUUUUAAUAUCAACCCGAUUCCUAAGUGUGCUAACUACUCCGUGAAUCCUUAUUAUUUAGCGGUUCAAACGUAGUGAAGGUCUCAGUAAACAAAUAAGCUAAACAGCAAGAGGUUGUUUUCAAGUUGAGAGAGGUCACCCGGAUAUGGUUCCCCCUAGACUGCAGUUAAGCCAGAUUGCAAUUUACCAAGUUCGAAUUCAAAGAUAGUUAUAUUGCCAGAGGUUCUUAAACAGUCUGCAGUCUCAACUAAAGGUCUCCAGACCCUCUCAAUCUGAGUCCCCAGCGGGCGACUAACCUCCACCGGAGUAAACAGAUUGAGGCCCUAACGAACCAAACCUCCUCUACCGAAGUACAUCCGGUACAGAAAAGUGAAUUUACUCCUCGACUAAAGUUGUCAAUUCACUACCUUCAAUCAAGAGUGCUCUAUCAACCUAGGCAGAUAUUCUCUUUCUAGGUCAAACCAGAAAUAACGGGAAUUUGAUCAGGAUUCAUGCCAUUCAUAAAAUCAAUCCUCAAUUGAAUAUAAUUAAGUCAAUGGGUUCAAACUCGGGUUCAUACAAUCAGACCUAACAUAAAAGUCUAGGGUUCUUCAUACCCAAGAGAGAAGCAAACUCUAGCUCAGAAGAAGAAAACAUGUUGUGAAGAAUGGGGUUCUGCUUCCGGUCGUCAAUCGACACUUCUCCAAGCAUUAUCCGGGCUCCACUGAUGAUGAAGAUCGAUCUAAGGCGCUUGGGAACUCACGGCAAGCAAGCAAUCAAGGUAUUGGAGGACA